UUGAACCUUGAGGCACCAUUUUUCUGUGCAAAUGGAGGCCGAGCCAGCACGCCAGAAUAGCCCAACUGAGAUCACAAUUGACGGCCCUGAGCCAGAUCCUUCUCCUGCCACCAAUCUAACAAAUGGAAACAGACAGCCCCAGGAUCCUCAGCCUCCUGCACAACGGGAACCAGAAGAGAUCAAGAGCUACGAGCUCAUGCUGGACCUGAGCAAGUACAUCCUGCUGCUGGCGACGCUGGUCGCCACGGUGACAUAUGCCGCGGGGUUCAACCCGCCUGGGGGCGUCUGGCAGGAGACUGUCGACGCCACGGGCCAACUCGCCGGCGACUCCAUUAUCCGGACCACCAGCUACCACCGGUACCUGGUGUUCUACUACUGCAACGCCACCGCGUUUGCCUCGUCGCUCGUGAUCAUCGUCGCCAUCCUCUUCCUUGCCCUCGUGGAAGAGAAAAAGAAGAACCGCGUCACCCUCCUGCCACUGCGGGCGGUCAUGGUUCUGGACCUGCUAAGCAUCAUGGGAGCCUAUGCCGCCGGGACAUGCCGCGACAAGCCCACGACCAUCUUCUCCUCGGUGCUGGUGGUUGCCGUCGUUGCCUACCUCGCUCUUCAGAUGGGGCUAGCCUCGUUGCCAGACGACAAGCACAGCUACAUCGACGCAGUGCACGAGAAACGGCUACGAAAGGUCCUGAUGCUGCUCGCGACGUUCGCGGUGAGCGUGACAUACGUUGCAGGGAUGAGCACGCCAGGCGGCUUCUGGGACAACACUGAGAACGGCCACAGCCCUGGCGACGCAAUCCUCAAGGACAGCCACGGCAAGCGCCUGACGGUGUUCUUGUGCUUCAAUGCCCUGGCGUUCGUGGCGUCGUUGCUCAUCGUCGUGGUGCUUCUGGACAGAAAACCUCGUGUGACUGAGGCAUACUGGUUCAUCGCCGUCGCGCUGAUCAGCCUCAUCGUCUCAUACACCGCAGGCAGCUGCAGGGAGACCGACACCAACUUCUAUGUGGGCAGCCUGGUUAUUGCCGUCCUGGCAUUCAUGGCAUUGCUCCAAGUUGCACGGGAUACCAGGUUCUGGACCAAAAUCAAAAGCUUCCAUCGCUCCGUGUCAGGGAGCUUGCCAAAAGCAAUAACAAUAGCUCCUGGUCCGGAGACUAAUGACAGCAGGAUGGCAGCGGAGCAGGCUCGCUCCCUUGUACUGUUGCUAGCCACUCUUGCAGCAACCAUCACUUACCAAGCCGGGCUGGACCCUCCCGGUGGCGUCUGGCCGGAUAAUGGGAACGGGCACAUGGCUGGUGACCCGAUCCUCCUCACAGUGAAUGCUAAGCGGUACAAGGCCUUCUUCUACUGUAACUCCGUCGCCUUUGUAGCCUCUUUGGUGGCCAUCAUCCUGGUACAAAGCAAGGUUAUGCUCCAGACCCAUGUCCUCCAGGAAGCCAUGAUACUGGACUUGUUUGGCCUCAUCGGAGCAUAUGCUGCGGGAAGCUCUCGGGACUUGACCACCUCCAUUUAUGCCAUGGCCUUGGCAGGCGCCGUCCUGGUCUAUGUAGUGAUCCAUGUUGUCUUCUUUACACUGAACCACACCGAAGCCACUGCUGAGGAAAUUGAGUCCGUGGAGAAGAGGCGCAAGCGGUUGCUCCUUUUCGCAGUAUUGGCUGCGACCAUCACUUACCAAGCAGGGUUGACACCUCCGGGCAGCUUCCGGCUUCAGGAUGAUGGAUCCAGCGGGCACCGGGCAGGGGACCCGGUCCUCUUGUACAACUUUCCCCGCCGCUACAAAGCCUUCUUCUACUGCAAUACGGUGAGCUUUAUGCUGUCCAUCGCCCUCAUUAUAUUGCUCGUGAACCCCCAUUUAUAUAGGCCAGCCAUACGAAGUUAUGCACUCGCUGUUUGCACGGCGGCGGGCAUGUUUGGUCUGAUAGGGGCCUAUGCUGCCGGAAGCACCCAGCAUCUGAAAACAUCCAUCUACAUCUUUGUCUUGGGGGUUGUGGUCCUCUUUGUCAUAGCUGCACUGUUCCUACCGUUCUUGGAUAAGAAAGAUACGGUCAGUGAACUGAAGCAAGAGAAUGCUGACAAAAAAGGAAAGACAGAGCAUGCCAAGCGAAAAUAUCUGAUGCUGCUAGGAAUCCUUGUGGCAAGUGUCACCUACCAGGCUGGUCUAGAUCCGCCUGGGGGAGCUUGGCAGCACGACAGCAGUUGGUAUGAUGCAGGCAACCCGAUCAUGCAUGACAACAGGAGGCCCCGGUACCUCGCCUUCUUCUACAGCAACUCCACCUCCUUUGUGGCGUCCAUUGUUGUCAUCGUCAUGUUGCUGCCGCAGUGGCUGGAUAAGAAUAAAGAAUGGUCGCUUAAGGUCAUGAACACGACAAUUGUGCUGGAUUUGCUUGCCCUGCUAGUGGCAUAUGCGGCUGGAUCCAGCAGGGGGUGGAAGACAUCUGUGUAUGUCAUCGCGCUGAUCAUCGCCGUCCUGGCCUACGUUGCAAUCCAUAUAAUGCUGGCAUUGUUAUGUUCUCGUUCUCAUAGCGCUGUCAUUCCUCGGCAAAGGACUCCAGGCGCCCAAGCAAAUUCUCAAUCACAGGAGCACGCGAGGAAUCAGGCACAAUUUGCUGCAAUGUCAACACCUUGA